CAAACAGCCUGAACUAAAACUAAAUAUAAAUACAAACAGCUUCAGUGGAUAAAAUUAAAAAAAAAAAAAAAAAGGUGAAAAAACUCGUUUAAAAAAUAUUAACAAUUUCUGUGUUAAAAACUAAACUGUCCGUCUACAUCGUUGUGUGAAGAGAUUCUCCUGCGGACCGCAAGGUGGCAGCAGAGCUCUUUACUCCGCUCUAUCAAGAAUCCAUUUCCCAGAGUUCCUCACGGCGCAGAAGGUGGGCCGGGUCUUUACCUGCCCACACCUGCACAGAGUUGAGAUUUGGAGCCUGGAGGAGUCAAUAAGACAAAAAAAUAGGCCGAGGAGAAAAUGUUUGAAAAAUCUUCAAGAAAAGUUUGAAUCCAGCGACCAGAACCCGUCCGAACCGGACCGAUCCGAUCCGGGUUAAACCCGAAUUAAUCUGGAUCCGGAUCCACCUGAAAGUGUCUGAAGAUUUCUCAACUUUUGGUUGAAGCAGGAAGUGAGAAGGACCAGGAGGAGCCGCAGACAUGGUGAGUCCACGAACCUUCAACCACCUGAAAAAAAACCCGAACCAGGAUUUAAGACGACCUGUAGUCCUGGAUCUGAGCAGGAUCCAUGUUCUCCAAGAGGUUCUGAAACUGGUUCAGAUUCGGACCUGGCUCCUGUUCUGGUCCUGCAGGGUUCUGGUUCAGGUUUCAGGGUUCAGGGUUCAGCAGCUGUUUGGGCUGGGAGGGGGAAAAAAAGUAGAAAAUUGAGCAAAAAAAAAAAAGGGGGGGGGGGUUUCCCGAUAAACAAAAAUAUCCGUAAAUAAAAAAGAUUAUCAAAGUUUUAUUUAUGUCCAUUAAAUUAUUUAAAAAACGAGAUUAAAUCACUUUGAAGAACUUAAUGAGGUUCAGAAAGGGUCAAAAUCACGUUUAUAGAUGAUAAUCCUGACCAAAGUGUGAAAUUUAACUUCUCCUUAUACGACAUUAAACAAUGCUAAAUAAAUAUGAACUAAAAUAGUCUGUAGAAAUGAUUAAUUCAUCGUUUAAAGAUCGUGAGUAAGUAAUCGGUUUUCCAAUCCUGGUCGAGUACAGGAGCCCAGAGGGGUCAAAAACCUGAAUGUCGUCCAGAUGUAAGUUAUGAUAAUGGUUUUCUUUUAUUUAGUUUGUUUUCCUCAGUUAUUUUUCCAGCAGCUUCACGUUGAUAAAUAAUUAUUAAAAACCAGAAAGUCUUAAUCCUCUCUGCUCAGAUUACAACAUGAUCAGCAUUAUCUCCAAUAUUCAAUAUUCAGAAAUCUGAAGACAUUUAAAAAAAAAAACAUACUCAUCUGUUUCCUGCUCAGAAAAAAGGAAGUUUUUUUUACACUGUAAGAAAAAAAAAAAUUCUUCAGGUGAAGAAUUUCUAUGAUUGUGCGUGUAUUGUAUCGUUCAAAGAAACAAAAGUAGAAAUGAUCAUUUAAAAAGAUUUCUGUUUUGGUAAUAUUUCAGAACUGACUGCAGACAAACUCUGAAAACCAUUUACUGAUGAUCCCGUCAUUUUAAAUUGUUUUUAAUAAUAAAAAUAAUCUUGGACAGUCCUGGUGAUUUGAGCUCCUGCUGCAGAGACUCUAAAACUUAAGACAUCAUUAAAGAUGUUUAAAAGUCCGGACCCAGUGUGAUCCUUCAGGACGAGGACUCUCAGAUUCAACUCUCACUGAGCUGUAAAUGUAGUCCUGCAGCAUUUUUACAGUCAUAAUAAUGAGAAUUAAAGUAAAAAUCAUGAGAAAUUAUCAAUAUCAAUCAAACCAUGACAGAGUUUAACAAUGAGAUAAAAUCUCACUGUAAUCAGAUUUAACAUUUCAAAAUCCUCAAUCAUUUUCAAAAAGUUAAAAAUUCAUGAUUUUGAAAUUAAAAGUCAAAAAUAUGAGAAAAGUUAAAAUAUGACACAAUUAUUCUUAAUUUUUAAUUUAACAAUUUUGAGUAAAAAGUCAAAAUUAUGAUCCAGAAAGUAAAGAAUACGAGAAAAUAAGUAAUUAUGAGAUAAAGAAAAUUACUAUUAACGAGAAAGACUGAUUCUAUUAUUCUGACUCAAUCCAAAAAAUUUGGAUUGAAGACUCUUCUGAAGCAGAAGAGUCUACGUAACUAUGGAAACAUGAAUUUCCUGUGUUUUCAUGUCAGCUGUUGAUCAAAUCCAAUCCAUCAGGAUGAGAAUAAAAACGAUAAAGAUAUUAAAUAUUAAAAUAUUAAUAUUAAUAUAGAAAAUAAAUAAUAAUAAUAAUAAUAAUAAUAUUAGCUCCAGUUUGAGCUCCGCAUACAGAUCCAACAUGUUCUGACUCCUGUUAACGGGUUAACUGCGGCUCUGAGAAGAGGCAGUGUUUGUCUGUAAAGGUGGGAGGGGUCAGCUGUGAUUAGUGGAUGCCACUGAUUUCAAUAUCAGCUGAUUGAGUUCAAAAAUUGAUCUGCAGGUAUUUUCAUUAUCAUCAUCAUCAUCAUCAGGUACAAAAUGAUUUCAAACCAGCAGACUCAGAGAUGAUAACCGUCCAGAUCAAACGGGUGGAGGGAAACCUGCAGUGAGAAACACCAGGACAAAGGAGGAGUGUGUUGAAAGAGCUUAAAACAGCAAUGCACACACUCAGGUGUGUGUGUGUGUAUGUGUGUGUGUGUGUGUGUGUGUGUGUGUGUGUGUGUGUGUGUGUGUGUGUGUGUGGAGGCGAGCGUGUCAGGGCGGCUUCUCCUUAACAUGAUCCUGCAGGACAGAGGAAUGCUGGGAAUUUAGGAGAGAGAGAGAGAGAGACGCGGACGAAUCAGAACGUCCCAUAAACCCAAAGAUCGGUCCUGUCAGAGUUGGUCUGUUUUAACGCUCCAGUCAGGAGUUUUCACUUCAACCCUUUAGGUUUUAUUCACACUGAUUAAAGUUUGUCUCUCUUCCUUGUCCUCUUUCCUGUCUCCUUAGUUUUAAGUGUCUGCUACAUUAUACACUGGAACUGUGUAAACCUCUGUCUCUCCGUGCCUCUAUGCCCCACUCCUAUAGGGCAGUAAGGAGCGUUACCAUUGGCAGGCUCAGAAUGUGAAGGUGAGCGGCGUGGACGACAUGGUGCUGCUGUCUAAGAUCAACGAGGACGCCAUCACAGAGAACCUGAAGAAGAGAUACAAUGACGACUACAUCUUUGUAUCCUUUACGCAGUACUUCAGUGCCAUCACUGUGUACAAUUACUCAGUCCAGUUUCAGAACAAGUACAACAUGCCAACAUCCAAAUACCAAAGUCCAAAAUGGACUUAAAAAAAAAAGAUCACUGUUCACCAUGGCAGCCAAAAGGACUCGAUCACAGCUUCAUGUGCAGAUAAUGGAGGGUUAAUGUUGGAAUAAUGUAAGAUAAGAUAAGAAGAUAAGAAUAACUUAAUUAAUCCCCGAAGGGGAUUGUCUGGUGUCUCACUUAAUAUGUCUCUAAAAGUUAUCUACUUUUUACACAAGAGUUAUAAAGCCUGAUGGCUGUUGGUACAAAAGAUUUUCUGAAUCUUUUUGUCCUGCACUGAAGAGGGAGGAGCCGUCCACCACCAUUGGCCCUUUGGUCCGUCAAGGUGUUGUGCAAUGGGUGAUCCAUGUUCUUUAGAAUGGUCAAAAGGUAACUGUAAAGAUAAUGUUAAUGACAUAAAAGGAUAAUUUAUGUAUGAGAUAAUGUAGGGAUAACAUAAGGAUAAUGUUGGUCAAUGUAAAGAUUCUUUAGGAAUGAUUUCAAAAUAAUGUUAAAAUAAAGUGACAUUAAUACUUUACUGUACUGUGCUAUACUAUAGUAUACUAUACUAUACUAUACUAUUAUAUACUAUACUAUAACAUAAUAUACUACACUAUACAAAAUUAUACUAUACUGUACCACACUAUACUAUACUAUACUAUUAAAUACUAUACGACUAAAUACUAUACUAUACCAUAACAUACUAUACUGUUAAAUACUAUACUACUAAAUACUAUACUAUACUACACUACACUAUACUAUGCUAUACAAUUUUACACUGUACUGUAAUAUACCGCACUAUACUACACUAUUCUAUACUAUACUACACUAUACUGUACUAUACUAUAAUAUAAUAUUAUAUACUACACUAUACUACACUAUAGUAUACUAAUCUAUUUUAUACUACACUAUACUAUACUACACUUUACUCUUAUAUACUGCACUAUACUGUACUAUACGAUACCAUACUAUAAUAAUAUAAACUAUACUAUACUACACUAUACUAUACUAUUUUAUACUACACUUUACUGUACUAUACUACACUUUACUCUUAUAUACUGCACUAUACUGCACUAUACUGCACUAUACUGUACUAUACGAUACCAUACUAUAAUAAUAUAAACUAUACUAUACUACACUAUACUAUACUAUACUAUACUAUUUUAUACUACACCUUACUGUACUAUACUACACUAUACUAUACUAUACUAUACUGUACCAUACUAUACUAUACUGUACUAUACUAUAUUAUACUAUUUUAUACUGUACUAUACUACACUAUACUAUAAACUAUACUUCACUUUACUGUACUCUACUAUAUUAUACAAUAUUAUUCUAUACUAUUCUAUACUAUACUACACUAUACUGUACUAUACUAUACUCUACUCUACUCAUUGACAGGGUUAGACAAGACCUGAUUGCAUAGCGUGAGGAGAUAUUCCAUUUUGCAUAACUACCCGCUCACUGAACGUUUUCCCAUUUAUAACCAACUACAAAAUUUAGAUACAAAGUAAUGCUGAGAAUUGAUAAGAAGAUUAUUUUAUUGAUUUCAAAUUAACUUAUUGAAACAGUUGAACAAAGCCUCAGAUUUACUCCAUGUCUCUUUACUUCUCUAUGCUGGUGACUGAUCGGACAUAAACCACCAAUCAGCUGCUCUCUAUUCAGUCAGGGUUCAAACGUUUUCGCCCUUAAUCGUUUCUUCCUGUCAGACCUACAUCGGUCCGGUUCUGAUCUCAGUGAACCCCUUCAAACAGCUGCCGUACUUCACCGAGAGAGAGGUGGAGCUGUACCAGGGAGCUGUGAGAGCACACACACACACACACACACACACACACACACACACACGAACACACACACGAACACAUGACCUAAACCGUGUCUCCACCCCCUCCAGGCUCAGUAUGAGAACCCCCCCCACAUUUAUGCUCUGGCUGACAACAUGUACAGGAACAUGAUGAUUGACAGCGAGAACCAGUGUGUCAUCAUCAGGUGGGACUUUGACACAAUCACAGCUCCUGAUUGGCUCUACCUGUCAGACCAGGCUAAUCAAACACUUGAACUGUAAUGAUGAUUGAUCUGUGGUUAGGUCGUUAGAUUUGAUUGACAGCAGCCUGCAGAGAUGAUCACAGAAGCUCCGCCCUCCUCAGAAAACAGGAAAAGCUGAACUCUGUCGUGUUUCUAGAGGCGCUCUGCAGGUUUCAGUGUCACCGUAUCAUCGUUAAUCUUUGUGUCUCUGUCAGCGGAGAGAGCGGGGCAGGGAAAACUGUCGCCGCCAAAUACAUCAUGAGCUACGUGUCCAAAGUGUCUGGAGGCGGAGACAAAGUCCAGGUGAGGAUACAGAAUACCGCUCAGAGGUACAGUGCAUCCAGAAAGUAUUCAUACCACUUCACCUUUUCCACAUUUUGUUAUGUUACAGCCUUAUUCCAAAAUGGAUUACAUUCCCUUUUCCCCUAAAAAAUUCUACACAAAAAUAAUGACAAAGCGAAAAACUUUUUUUUAGAACAUUUUGCAAAUUUAUUAAAAAUAAGAAAAUGUUGCAUAUACAUAGGUAUUCACACCCUUUACUCAAUACUUGGUCGAAGCACCUUUGGCAGCGAUUACAGCCUCCAGUCUUCUUGUGUAUGAUGCAGCAAGCUUGGCACACCUUGAUUUGGGGAGUUUUUCCCAUUCUUCCUUGCACAUCCUCUCAAGCUCAGUGAGGUUGGAUGGGCAGCGUCGGUGCACAGCUACUUUCAGGUCUUUCCAAAGAUGUUCAAUCGGGUUCAAAUCUGGGCUCUGGCUGGGCCACUCAAGGACAUUCAGAGACUUGUCCUGAAGCCACUCCUUUGUCUUCUUGGCUGUGUGCUAAGGGUCAUUGUCAUGCUGGAAGAUGAAGCGUCGCCCCAGUGAAGCGCUCUGGAGCUGGUUUUCAUCAAGGAUUUCGAUGUACUUAGCUGCAUUCAUUUUUCCCUCGAUUCUGACAAGACUCCCAGUUCCUGCCACUGAAAAACAUCCCCACAGCAUGAUGCUGCCACCACCAUGCUUCACUGUAGGGAUGGUAUUGGCGAGGUGGUGAGCGGUGCCUGGUUUCCUCCAGACAUGACGCUUGGCAUUCAGGCCAAAGAGUUUGAUCUUCAUUUCAUCAGACCAGAGAAUUUUGUUCCUCCUGGUCUGUGAGUCCUUCAGGUGCCUUCUAGCAAAGUCCAAGCAGGCUGUCAUGUGCUUUUUACUGAGGAGUGGCUUCUGUCUGGCCACUCUACCAUAAAUGCCUGACUGGUGGAGUGCUGCAGAGAUGGUGAUCCUUCUGUAGGGUUCUCCCAUCUCCUCGGAGGAACGCUGGAGCUCUGUCAGAGUGACCAUCAGGUUCUUCGUCACCUCCCUGACCAAGGCCAUUCUCCCCCGCUUGCUCAUUUUGGCUGGGCAGCCAGCUUAGGAAGAGUCCUGGUGGUUCCAAAUGUCUUCCAUUUCUUAGUGAUGGAGACCACUGUGCUUUUUGGGAUCUUCAAUGAAGCAGAUAUUUUUCUGUAACCUUCCCCAGAUCUGUGCGCUGAUACAACCCUGUUUCGGAGGUCUACAGAAAAUUCUUUCGACUUCAUGGCUUGGUUUGUACUCUGACGUGCUCUGCCAGUUGUGGGAUCUUAUAUAGACAAGUGUGGCUUUCCAAAUCAUGUCCAAUCAGCUGAAUUUCCCACAGGUGGACUGCAAUCAAGUUGGAGGAACAUUUCAAGGCUGAUCAGUGGAAACAGGAUGCACCUGAGCCUAAUUUUGAAUUCAUCCCCUCUGACCGCCAGAGGCGGUGCUUUAAGCACUGAAUGAUUCCCUUCGCGCAUGCGCAGUUCGAGCAUUUGUACCAAAAUAAUCACGCGUGACCCCGGGAUGAACCGGGGUGGUUAUUUAUUCCGCUGGUCACCGAGGGUUCAGUCCCUUUUUCUUUCUCAUGCGCAGGUCACAAACUUGCAAUGAGAGGCAUUUUUCUAACAAACCUACCUUAAUCUGUGUGUGAAGUCGCUGGUAGUCCCGUGGCCAUAGGUCGGGGUAGCGAAAAUCACCCUCCAGGGACUGUGACUUCCUUUGAGUUGUUUCCUUAUCUCUACUGUUUAUCUCCGACUGAGCGGAGCUUCACCAACUUCGUCGGAUGCUGUGGCGUUCGCCCGGUAAGGAAGGGUCGUCGUCCCCCUCUCCUCCGGACAAGGUAGGUUGCUGUUGCAUUAAGCCUGUUUAGCAGACUUGCAUUGUUUUACAAGUCACAACCUAUGCUGGUAGAGGCUGUGUGCGCACCGUUUCCCCCCUGCAUAUGGUUGAGUACCGUGAAUGUAAGCGUAACGCUUCGGUUACUUGCUGUAGCUAAAAGUCUGCCCGUUUCGUUCUUUUUGUUAAAAGAAAAAACCAAGGCCAAAGCUAGUUCUCCUCGUGCUGGUACGUGGUGUCGCCAUCCGGCGGCAGCCGACGCUAUCGUUGUUGUAGUCGGCCUCAGUGGUGUAAGCGGUUAGAACGCUGCCCCACUCUCCUUUGCUGUACUAAAUCACCAUUGUGUUGUAUAGUUGUCUUUUGUCCACUAGCGCUAGGCAUCAGAAGUGCCCUUUUGAAUAGCUUUGUAUUUGUUUGGUGUCGGCCAUUAUUAUAACCAGUUGCGUUAGCGCCCUGGUCACUUUAAGUGCUCUUGUGCUGGUUAGCAUUAUUUUGUUGGCAUUGACCAUUACAACCACUUGCGUUAGCGCCCUGGUCACUUUGAGUGCUCUUUUGCUGAAUAGCAUUAUUUUGUUGGCUUUGACCAUUAUAGCCAGUUGCGUUAGCGCCCCUGGUCACUUUAAGUGCUCUUCUGUUUGCUGAAUAGCCUUAUUUAUUUACUUAUUUAUUUGCUUAUUUGUUUAUUUUUUUGAUUGAUUUUAUUACUGUCAGCUUAAUUGCAACUCCGUACUGGUAUAGGCAGCAUUCGCGCUCCCUCCCCCCCAGUAUAAGCAACCUUCCAUCCAGCUAAAGCUAGCCUCCGCUGGCGCAGGCAGCGUUCGCGCUCCCUUCCACAGCUCACGGCGUCAAUUGCCCAGCAACCAGUAGCGUCAGCGCCCUGGCCUAGUUGGGACUGCUCGGUGCGAUAGAUAGCGCCCACUACUGCUCUUCAUGUCAGGCUGACCUCCAGCCAGACAACGGACAUGACCUCUGCCUAGCCUGCCUUGGACCCGAACACCUCAGGGAGGCACUUGAGGGGGACCCCUGCAUGAACUGCAGCUACAUGCCUCGGGCGGCAAGGCUGGCCAGGCUGGCGGAGGUAGAUCCGCCACAAGGUGGCGAUGACCUCCCCCCAUCGGGCCAAGAAUCCACGCCCAGGACCAGGCGCUCAAAACGCCGGGCCCACGCAGCCACUGCUGCCCCCACUUCCAAAAGAACGUCGAGGUCUGACCGCUCCCGCCUUUCAUUAAAGGUGGAGCAGCUCUCUGCCGAGCUGGACUGCAUGAGGUCCAUGCUUCAAGCCCACCAGCCUGGGUCCCCUUCGGAGGAGGCUCGGGGGGCCCACUCCGCCCAUGCCACUCCUAGUCCCGGAGGAGGAUACACUCUCCCUAGCGGCAUCGGCUACUCACUUUCACGAGUAUGGUGACCUUGAUGGCGGCGAGGGAGACGGGGUCUCUCAGGUGUCCGAUCAGGGCUCUCACUCCUAAGCUCAGACUUUGCUGCCAGAGGAGGACGGCUCCAUGCGCGCCAUCCUGCGAAUGGCCUUGGAGCGAUUAGGUCUGCCUAUACCACGGCAGGCGGAGCCAGCCCCUGCGAGCGCCUUCUUCAGGCGCAGGCCAACCUCCACUGCAUUCGCUGUCCCGCAUGCAGAGGACUAUAUAAAGGAGCUGCAUGCCUGCUGGAGAGACUACAAGGCUUGCUCCCGCCUCUCAGCAGAUGGUCGUACCCUGGCGGCAAUGCAUGACACUGCAGGGGUCGGCCUGGAUCACAUGCCGGCCAUUGAGCCCAGCAUUGCGUCACUUAUUGUCUCCCCCGACGAGGCUCUGCGACGGGAUACUAGGUAUCCCCGUCCACAGUGCAGGCUAACGGACGACCUGCUCAUCAGGAGCUACGAUGCGGCAGCACGUGCUGCUAGGAUUGGGAACUCCCUGUCACACCUCCUGCUUGCCCUGUCAGCAUCUCUGCAGGAGGGCUACACUAACGAGGAACCUGUCACCUUCUGUGACGCGGCACUAGAGGCAUUCGGCCUUAUGUCGCGAGAGCUUGGAAGGACAAUGUCCUACCUGGUACAGGCUCGACGCCAGGUCUGGCUCUCCCAGUCGGGCUUGACUGAGGCGUCCAGGAAAACGCUCCGGGCUCUCCCUGUGGAGCCAGGAGCGUUUUUUGGCCCACGUGCUCAAGAGGCGCUGGAGCAGACGAUCCAGGCCGGGCAGACCAGGCAGCAGCUGCUGAGUAUGCGCUGCAUGCCACCCCCCAGCAGGCCUCCCUCUGGCAGGGUCAGGGGCCCCCCAGCUGCCUCUGGAGUCCGGCUGCCACUAGCUCAGAGUAGGGGUCAGCGGCCUCAGCGGCCUACGCAGAGGCAGACCCGGGACUCUUGGGACUCCGGCCGCCUGCCUUCUAGGCAGUUUCGAGCCCCGGACCCUGGUGGACCCCCCGCUUCCAGGGCCCCUAGGGGACGGCAGGGCAGACGCUGAGCCCGGGGGACCGGCCGUCGGAUAUUUUACACAGCAGCAGCUCAGACGCUGGGCUGCUCAAGCUGCAGACCCAUAGGUUCUUACCACCUUAACCCACGGGUACAAGCUGCAGUUCCGACGCCAGCCCCCCACAGCCAGCCGGGUCAGGAUUACCAUCAUUGCCGACCCGGCAAAAGCCCUCGCUCUCCACCAGGAGCUAUCCGCCCUCCUGGCCAAGGGUGCCAUCGAGGCAGUGGACCCGCUGCUGCAUUCCAGGGGGUUCUACUCUACAUACUUCCUCGUCACCAAAAAGACUGGCAGAUUCCGGCCCAUCCUGGACUUGAGGGGACUGAACAGGUACUUAAAGACCUUGCCUUUUCAUAUGCUGACUACAGCGGGUGUGCUACAGUCCAUUGUCCGCAACAAAUGGUUCACAUCUGUUGACCUGAAAGACGCCUACUUUCAUGUUCCCAUUGCGAAGCAACACCGCCGGUUCCUGCGAUUUGCCUACAGAGGCCGCCACUGGCAAUUCCGUGUGCCCCCAUUCGGGCUCUCCCCCUCCCUGAGAGUGUUCAGCAGGGUAGUGGCAGCUGCACUCCAACCUCUGCAGUCCCAGGGCACCAAGAUACUGCCAUAUCUGGACGAUUAGCUGAUCUGCGCUCCGUCCCAGGCGCAGGCAGCCAGGGAGACAUCACACCUCCUGUCCCAUGUGGCGAGCCUCGGACUCAAGGUAAAUGCAGAGAAAAGCUGCCUGGCACUGUUCUAGACCAUAACCUUUAUUGGUCUGGCCCUAAACACCAGAACGAUGGUGGCACGUCCGUCCCCCAGUCGGGUGGACGGCAUCUUAAGGCUGUUGCCAGCCUUCAAGAGAGGCAGGCAACUGCCGCUCCUCACCUUCCUCCGCCUCCGCUGACGUCCGUUGCGGCCGUCGUGCCGCUGGGCCUGCUGGCGCUAUGGCCCCUGCAAAGGUGGCUGAACAGUUUCCACCUAGACCCAGAGCGACACAGGCACCGGAAGAUUGUCGUGUCACGGCAGUGCCUCCUUGCCCUAGCCACAUGGAGGGACAGGGCCUACAUUGUAAGGGGUGUCCCUAUGGGGGCCGUCCCAUCCCGCAGGGAGACCGUUGCCACGGACGCCUGCCCCUUGGGCUGGGGCGCAGUGUGGCAGGGCAGGACAGUGGUCUGUGGCAGACCACAGCAACCACAUCAAUGUGCUGGAGCUAAAAGCGGUGCACUUGGCCCUAAGGCACUUUCUGCCUUACUUGGCAGGCAAACAUGUUCUUGUCGGUCGGACAAUACUUCGACCGUAUACCACAGAAACCAUCAGGACGGUACAAUAUCUGCGCGGCUGCUACAGGCGUCAAUGGACCUCCUGACGUGGGCAGCCCCUCGCCUGAUGAGCCUGCGGGCCGUGCAUAUACCAGGAGAGCAGAACCAGGUGGCAGACCUUCUCUCCCGCCAGAAGCCUCCAUCAGGAGAAUGGCACCUUCACCCAGACGUGGUGCACACCAUAUGGAGCCGCUUCGGCAGGGCAAGGGGCCAACUUUUCGCCUCAGAGGCGUCGACCCACUGCCCGCUCUGGUUCUCCCUAGCGGAGACAACCAGCCCUCUGGGCCAAGACGCGUUCUCCCACCCCUGGCCGAGGGCACUUCUCUAUGCUUUCCCACCUCUCCCUCUAAUUCACCAGGUCCUUCAGAGAGUAGCUCAAGAGGGCCACACCGUUCUCCUGGUGGCCCCUUUCUGGCGAGGGCGAAUAUGGUUCCCCCUCCUCCACCAACUCUGUCACGGGACGCCAUGGCGCCUCCCUGCCAGGACGGACCUGCUCUCGCAGCUAGGGGGGCGGUUAUGGCAUCCAGACCCACAACGCCUCCAGCUGUGCGUUUGGCCGUUGGGGGGCCCGAGCCGCUGCUGAGCGGCUGUGUAGAGACGGUUCAACAUACCAUCUUGAACGCGAGGGCACCAUCCACCAGGCUGCAGUACGAGAACAGGUGGGAGCUGUUCUCUAACUGGUGUAGGGACCGGGGCAGGGACCCAGUUCACUGCCCGGUGCCCGCAAUCCUGGAGCUCCUGCAAGGUCUCCUCGAUAAGGGCCGGACCCCUUCGACGUUAAGAGUGUACGUGGCAGCAAUAUCCUCCCAGCACACUGGGGUCAAUAACUGCACAGUGGGGAGCCACCGUCUGGUGUCGCUCUUUCUCAGGGGGGCUCAGAGAUUAAAUCUUCCGAGAGCCCCAAGAGCACCAGCAUGGGACCUCAGUCUCGUACUGGACUCCCUAUGCAAGGCUCCUUUUGAACCCUUGUCACGCACAGAAUUGAACCCAGAGGGUUCAGGUGUCACUCUAUGGCCCAACACGGCCUUCCUACCAGAGGUACUGUUGACGACACACCUGAACAAGCCUAUUAGGCUGGCACAGUUUAGCCCUCCGCCGGGAGAGAGGACAGACAAGCUGGAGCUGUUGUGCCUGGUGCGGGCCCUCAGGGCCUAUAUUGGAGCCACUGCGCGUAUUCGCCGGUCGGAUCAGCUAUUUGUGUGUUAUGGUGGCCCAAAUAAAGGCAGCACUCUUUCUAAGCAGCGCCUGUCCCACUGGGUCGUAGACACGAUCAGCCACGCCUAUCAGGCUAGUAACCAUCCCACGCCAUCCAGGAUACAGUGCCACUCAACGAGGAGUGUCUCCACUUCAUGGGCGGCCCUUAGGGGAGUUCCCCUCGAGGAGAUCUGCUCCGCUGCCUCGUGGGUGUCAUCAGGCACGUUCUCAAGAUUCUAUAGGGUGAAUGCGGCCACUCCCCACCCAUUGGGUGUGGUUCUCCUUCCAGAGUCCUCCGAUUCCGCCCUCUGAGGUUUAUAAUUGGGGUUUCUCGUGACUUUGCUGGUAUAAGUCAUUCAGUGCUAAAAGCACCGCCUCUGGCGGUCAGGAGGGACGAAAUAGAACGAAAGUUACGUAUGUAACUAAGGUUCUAUGAAUCCUGAUUGACCGCCAGAGCACUUCGUCACUCAGAACCCUUGUGUUCUUGCGAGAAAGUUCUGUAGGGACUGAACCCUCGGUGACUGGUGGAAUAAAUAACCUCUGCCGGUUCAUCCCGGGGUCACGCGUGACUAUUUUGGUACAAAUGCUCGAACUGAGCAUGUGCGAAGGGAAUCAUUCAGUGCUUAAAGCACCGCCUCUGGUGGUCAUUCGGGAUUCAUAGAACCUUAGUUACAUACGUAACUUUCGUUUUAUAGCAAAAGGUGUGAAUACUUAUCUAUAUGCAACAUUUGAGUGUCUUAUUUUUAAUAAAUUUGCAAAAUGUUGGAAAAAAAACGUUUUUUCACUUUGUCAUUAUAGAUUAUUUUGUGUAGAAUUUUUUAGGGAAAAAAGGAAUUUAAUCCAUUUUGGAAUAAGGCUGUAACGUAACAAAAUGUGGAAAAAGUGAAGUGGUAUGAAAACUUUCCGAAUGCACUGUACUGGUACUUCCUAAAGUCCUCUGAUUCUGAAGAUAAGAGGACUGAGGUGUGUGUGUGUGUGUGUGUGUGUGUGUGUGUGUGUGUGUGUGUGUGUGUGUGUGUGUGUGUGUGUGUGUGUGUGUGUGCGCGUGUGUGUGUGUGUGUGUGUGUGCAUGUGCGUGUGCGUGUGCAUGUGCGCGCGAGCUCAGCAUGUUAAAGACAUCAUCCUGCAGUCCAACCCUCUGCUGGAGGCCUUCGGUAACGCCAAGACGGUCCGCAACAACAACUCCAGCAGAUUUGUGAGUUUCAAGUACAAAUACAAACUCUAUUGCAGUAUUACUGUACAAUACCAACCUGUCUACCAACCUGUGUACACACACUCUUCAGGGUAAAUACUUUGAGAUCCAGUUCAGUCGAGGAGGAGCGCCUGAUGGAGGGAAAAUCUCCAACUUUCUUCUGGAGAAGAGUCGAGUCGUCUCGCAGAAUCCUGGAGAGAGAAACUUCCACAUCUAUUACCAGGUACAGUCUGAGGGGGUUGCUGGACCAGGUCUUCAGACAGAGACCCAGUCCUAAUGCAGAGACCCAGUCCUGGUCAACAUGAGAUCAGCAGUUCCUGAAAAGUUCAAGGUCUAGUUGGGUUCAGGAUCUGCUGUCUGGAUUUUUCCAGGUUCUGGUUUUUGAAAACUGAGACUCUGUUACCUUCUCUCUGUGACCUCUGUGACCUCUCUGUGAACUCUGACCUCAGCUGUUGGAGGGGGCAAGCGGGGAGCAAAGAGAGAACCUUGGAGUCACGACCCCUGACUACUACUUCUACCUGAACCAAUCAGGAACGUACACGGUGGAGGACGUCAACGACAAGAAGGAGUUCUCUGAUACUAUGGUCUGUACUCAUCUGUCUGUCAGGAGCCUUUGUUAGUAGUGGGUCUUUCCUGGACUGUCUCUUUGACUGUCUGUCUGUCCCUCAGGAGGCUAUGUCAGUAGUGGGUCUGUCUGUGGACGAUCAGGACUCGGUCCUCCAGCUGGUUGCAGGAAUCCUCCACCUGGGGAACAUCAGCUUCAGAGAGGAGAACAACUACGCCGCGGUGGAGAGUCAGGACUGUGAGGACACACUCUUUACACCAAUCAGCUGAGACUUUAGGACCACCUGACUCAGAUGGUGUGGACCCCCUUCACAUCAGGUUUGGGCCAAAGUAGCCUUUACCUGAUGAGAUGGCUCCACCAGACCUCUAAGGGUGUUCUGUGGUAUUUGGCACCAAGAGGUCCACAUGAGGAACCGUCUGUUCUGGAGGUUAUGGGUGGGUCCUUAAUGGUUCAAACUUGCUGGUCCAGCUCAUUCCAUACAGGCCUCGACAGUGCAACCGUUUCACUCUCAUUUGCAACUAAAAAUAGAUGUGUGCGAAUUAAAAAAUGUAUUUAGGGUCACAUGUACGCAUAAAAAAAAAAUCAACAAAUGUUUUUUUUUUCCUGUAAAUACGCAGUGAAGUUAGUUUUAGGUUGGAUAUUAGAAGGAAAUUCACUGAGGAUCUACCGGUGUCUUCUCACUGUCCAUAACUGGGAAGUGAUUUUUUUUUGUAGGACGGUAGGGGAAGGUCUCGCCUGAUAUGCGAUAGGGCCUGAUAUGCUAGAAGUGCUAGGCUCUGAUCGGUUAUUCCUUAUGGCUGUGAAAUGUCAUUGUCUGUCGGGUUAGGAGAUUCAGAAGUGCGAUAAUGUUCUGUAAUGUUCUGUUCGAUGUACAGAACCAACAGUCUGCGUUUGGCUUGAGCGUGUGAUGACAUUUCCAGAUUUUCGAGCCAAUCAGAAGCGAAGGAGGUGGGACUUUCCCUUACCAUCCUACAAAAAAAUAUCACAACCGGGAAUAACAACAGCAGUGCGGUUAAAUCUACUCAGCACCCUUGCUGUCUAUGGAAGCAAUUUUGACUCAUAUCUCAAAUUCAAAAGCAUUAGCAGAAAUGCUUUUUCAUUUCAAAGUAGGCUAUCUGUUUCAGCGGACAAACGGACUUCAUACUCCUCAUUGUUCUCAUCACUGAUCGAUGGAUUUGGGAUUUCAGUACAGGUGCUCCUCAACAAAUAAAAAUUUGUUUAUUUGCAAAAUAUCUCAAAUCCAUCGAUUUUUUUCCACAUUAAAGGAGGAAAUAUUUGCAAUAUAUCUUCGUUAACACCAAGUGUUUGCUUUUGCUUUUUAAUUUAGUCACAAAGUGAGCAGUCUUGAAGAAGAAAAUGAAAAUGCAUUUUGGAAUAUUGCUAUUUAUUUUUAUUUUUGAGUCAAAUAGUGCAGCCAUGACUUUGAAAUGAAAAAGCAUUUCUGCUAAUGCUUUUGAAUUUGAGAUAUGAGUCACAAUCGCUUCUAUAGCUGUCAACGUCGGGUGUUGAAUAAGGGACCAUCAAUAAAUUACCAGUUGAUAUUCUCAGAAAAGGCUGUUUUCCUUCAAUAGCUUCCAUGUCAUGUGACCAAUUGACCUAAAAUUGAUUUCUAAUAAUAGUACUAAGGUCGAACAAUAAGACACACAUUAUUUGAUCAAUUUUCAUUGUGCCCCUAAAAUUCUUUGUGUGCUCCUUACUUAAGAUGUGAACAAAGUUAGUGUCAAGCUCAUCCCAUAGAUUCUGGACUGGAUUAAGAUCUGGGAGAUUUGGAGGCAAAGUAACUGGUUGACCAUGUUGUCAGUUUUCUCCAGGCCACUGUCUUUGGUUCUGGUCCAGUUCUGAUGCUCAUGUGUUUAUUUUAGAGACUCUGACUGGUAGGACAAGGAUGACACCCCUGCCUGUUUUUUACAAUCGUAGAACUGUAUUGAUCCCCAAAGGGAAAGUCCUUUUGGACCGAUGGUGGUCCCUUUAUGAUUCCCGGGACUUUAGCCUCAGGUCUGCUGUGGUCCAUAACCCCCAAUUUCCACCUCAUCCUGAACAUCUAUGAAAAGGUUGUAUCCUCCGAUCGUAGCUGAUCGUAACCAUUCAAGUUAACGUGUCAAUUUCCACCGGCUUCUUUCCGUUCCUCUGCGGAUUGCCAGACCCCACAGCUGAUUGAAGGGUUCUAUUUUUUCUGGAUGCCAGAGCAUGCUGGAUAAAGUUUGGCACAGAUUAACCCGUGCUGGAAAGGAAGUCGGGCACAGACACAAAAUAAAACAUCCGGCUUCUUUUCAAAACAAAACACUCUGUGUUUCAGGAGGAUCGUAUUUCACACCAUGCAAAUGCGCGGAGACGAACAAGUGAAAGGUUUUUAGACGUCAUUUCACCCCGAUGACACUAUGGAUGAGGAGAUGCUGAUUCUAGAAGUCUAGAAGUAGAUUUUCUCCUCUGGAAGGACACAAUCUACUGCUUAUAUGUCUAUGUGGCUGUCUUUAUAGAGACAACUCGUUAUCUUGCGAUUGAACGUGAAUCCGCAGGUUCUUGUGAGUUCUCGCGAUUACCGCUGUCCCGAAUCUGCCAUGAAAUUCGUCUCACAAACGAAUCCAGUAGGAAUUGGCGUACGGUGAAAAUUGCUGCCGUUCCAGAUGUGGUGGAAAUCCCGGGUAAGGGGUCAGCGAUGGUCCCUUUUGUCCCUGGUAUUUGCAGCUGGUCCACAAUGGUCACUUUUUCUACGUGUUACAUGACAGGUCCUGGGUGGUCACAUGUGUCUAUGGUGACUCUGACCCAGGUUCACCUGCUGCCUAACAAACCCCAGCCAAUGACAGGAGGUUAUCGUUAAAAGGAUGAUCAAUGCUUAUGGCAUCCACUGUCAGAGGUCAUAAGGUCACAGCUGAUUCUAUACAACCCACAACUUUUGAGCUUAUUAUUUCAGCUGUAACCUCUCUGUGUGUCCUCGUCAGUCCUGGCGUUCCCGGCUUUCCUGUUGGGGAUCCCACAGGACGGUCUCUGCAGUAAACUCACCAGCAGGAUCAUGGAUAGUAAGUGGGGCGGCAAGACCGAGUCCAUCUCCGUCACCCUGAACACCGAGCAGGCCUGUUUCUCCAGAGACGCCCUGUCCAAGGCCCUGUACACCCGGCUCUUCGACUACCUGGUCGAUGUCAGUCCACACACACACACACACACACACACACACACACAGAGUUAGUCCACACUCAAGGGUCCUCAUUUAUCAACGCUGCGUUUGUACAGAUGUGUUUUUGUAAUGAGUUUGUACGAACAUUCCCACCUAAAGUCUGAUCAACCUGUACUUGUUCUUAGGAAUGUGAGUACAUUGAAGCCCAACUCUGAGCACACUUACACAUAAACCCUAGUGGCAGAACAGUGAAACUAAGACUAGAACCCAUUAAAGGAGUCACAGCGUUUAGCAAUCUCAAACUUCACACAUGUUCUCUGUUCCCUCUGUAUGAAAUUGAUCAAUUAGUUAUUGAUCAGACAUUUUGAAUGAUUGGUGUGACAAGCUAUAAAAUCAGCUGAGACAGGACAACAUCAGAAGAAGUCUUACAAGUACAAAUACAGAUACAAAUAUCAGUACGAAUACAAGUACAGCUAGAAAAAUUGCAUUUCCUUGCAGAAAAUGUGUGGAAAUGCUGAGUGCUGAAAGCUGAAGAAGCAAUGCUAAACUGCUAAAAAAAAUGGAGGAAGGUUUAAAUGUAAAAUUGGUUAAAGGGCUGAAGAAGAAGUAGAGCAAGUUGGAUGAAAGUGAAAAUUGUUGAAGUACAAAUAGUAUGAAUGUGCUUCAUAAAUUAAAAUUGCAUUCAUGCUGAAUAAGGCUAGAAAAACUGUCUGAAAUUGCAAAAAAAAAUUGGAUAAGGAAGAAAAUGACCUUAAAACACAGAAAAGUGAGAAGUAGCAUAAGUUUAAGUUGUAGUACUAGAAGUAGUAUGAUAAUAAGUAGUUGUAAUAGUGAUAUUAGUUGUCAUGUAAGCAGUAGAAGUAGUUUUAGAAUAGAAGAAGUAGAAAUCAAAGUAGUAAAGCUCGUGGUAGAAGUAAUAGUGGCAGUAAAAGUUAGAGACGCCAUAAAAAAAUAUUUAGAGAAGCAAGAGUAGUGGAGGUAGAAGUGAAGAUACAAGUUAAAGUGAUAUAAGUAGUAAUUGUAGUAGUAAAACUGGGAAUCUGUUUGAAGAAUUAAAAAAUGCAAAAUAAUGAGAAUGAUUUUAAAAUGGGAAAACUUUCCUCAAGUAUUAGACAAGUUUGAAGUAUUAGGAUUAAAUCAGCUUGAAUGAGUUUAAAUUUGUCUGAAGAAUUCAUUAAUUGAUUAAUGUAUUAAUAACGGGAUUAAUUUUGAAGUGCGGAAAAUUUAAAUGAGUAAAAAUCCUGGGUACACCCCAUAAUGUCCUCAAUGAGCUGAAUUUUUGGAGCCCUGAAUGGUUUCUGUAGGUCAAAGUUUGUGGGAGGAGAUAGGGUCUGAAGUUUGUAAAGCGCUCUCAUGAAGGGAUUUAAAUGUAACCCCUAGUGCUCUGUGUACUGAGCCUGGCUUCAUGUGUCUCAUAUGGCUGUUAGAAGCAGCUUUUCAGUCAACCGUGUGUCUCCAGAUGCACUGAUUGAUUGCCAUGGGGACCGUAGAUGCAUCACUACAGCAGGAGAAAGGAGGCUUGAAGCUGAGUAACAAAAUCUCAGACUAUGCCCUGAUGCUCAUCUUCUGUAUCAUGAUAAUGAACUAGUGAGAACUGCAAUACUCUACUGAACACAUUGAUCCAAUUAAUUAACAAAAUCCUAAAUACACCACAUAAUGUCCUCAAUGAGCUGAAUUUUUGGAGCCCUGAAUGGUCUCUAAAUCCCAAAUGCUGAGCCUGGUUUCAUGUGUCUCAUAUGGCCGUUAAAAGCAGCUUUCCAGUCAGCUGUGUGUCUCCAGGCGCACUAAUUGGGUACCAUGGCGAAGGAAGAUGUGUCACUGCAGCAGAAGAGAGGAGGCUUGAAACCGAGGAAAUAGCUCUCCAACUAGGCCCUGAUGGUCAACCUCUGUAUAUAUUCAUGAUAAGGAGCUUGUGAGAACCACAAGACUCUGCUGAACACAUUAUUACAAUUUAUUAUCACAAUCCUUAAAACACCCCAAAGUGUCCUCAAUAAGCUGAAUUUUUCAAGCCUAGAAUAGUUUCUGUAGCUCAAAGUUUGUGGGUGGAGAUAGGCAUUAACUGAUCAACUGUUUGAAUGAGAAGCUGCCUAACUGCAGUGAAUUUAGGGCCUCUAAACUUCUUCAGAUAGCACGAUUUCCUUAAAUUACAAUAAGAACAUCGUUUGAAUCCUCCGCCCCUCAUGAACACAAUGAUGUGUUUUUCAUGUCUGUACUCUAAAAAAUGCGGCGAGUUAAACAAGUGUUGAGCCUGAGUGAUGAUCAGGAUUUUCUGAGAGAAAGAUUACAUUAUGGUGGAAGAUAAGAAUCUCUGCCUUUUUGGACAACUGGUCACCUGCUGGCCAAGGGGUACGAUUGAAUGAGUUGAAACCUCUUUUGUGAGAAGCAGGACUUAUUUUCCUCCAUUUUGAUGUAUUUCUUAUGGCUGUGGAGUGAAAUUUGUGGGCGUGGGAGCGAUAUAUUCGAGCGAGGUUCUGUCGAUAAAAGAGGAGCUCUCCACUCUAGCUCUUCCAAUACAUACCCAUUAUAAAGCCUGAAAUUUGCUGAAAACCAUGAGUUGCUUAAAGCUAAAUUGUGGGAAAAGUGUAAAAGAUAUCAAAAAAUUGAAUACAACAUUAAUAGUCUACAAGUUAAUGAACAUUUUAAAGCAAAAAGGAGGUCUCUAAGUAUGCUGAAGUUAUAAGGCUCAGAAGGUUGAAGAAUUGGAAGAUUUCCCCAUUGACUUCAAUGUUAAAAUUUUAGCACAAAUAGUUAAAAAAAUCAAAAACUAUAAAGGGUAGAAAAAAUUAAAAUACAUCCGCACAUGUUCUGAAGGAGUGGAAUAGUUUAAAAUUUGAAUGGUUGAAAUCGCAGAAACUGAAGAAAGGAUUAUAACGGGCCAAAAAACGGCGGAAGAAAAUUAUAAUAAUAAAGAAAUAGGAGAAUAACAAUAAGUGGAAAUGCCUAAUCAACAUUUCCACUUAAUUACAGGUACAGAUACAAUUACAAAUACAGGAAUGAAUACAAGUUCGAGAACAAGUACAAAUACAGGUACAAAUACAAGUGCAAAUACAGGUACAAAUACAAGUACAAAUACAGGUACAAAUAUCAGUACAAAUACAGGUACAAAUACAAGUACAAAUACAAAAACAAGUACAAAUAUCAGUACAAAUACAGGUGCAAAUACAAGUACAAAUACAAGUACAAAUACAAAAACAAGUAAAAAAAACAAGUACAAAUACAAGUAUCAUAGCUUAUUUUGGACUAUUGGAGGACUUGAAGAAGCCGCUCCUCCUAAGGGAGCCCGUUUUCAAAGAGCAUGCUGAUCUGUUGAGUGAGAACACAGAGUGGAUUCUCACCAGGUACCGCUUCCCCAAAAACAUUUGAAUGGAUUUAUGAUCCGUGAUUUAAAACAAGAGACAAAACGCACCAAAGCCAUCAUCCCAGUGACCAUCCAGCUCCUAUCCAUCCUAACCCGAACAUUUCAGCCUGAGAUCGGCGACAUAUACAACAUUUCACAGCCAACGCAAAGCAGAAUCAUGUCGGCAGAGUUGAUGUUAUAAUUUCUCUGACCUCAGCUUACAUCCAGUUCCCAAACACACAUCAGCAACAAGCCCAAAUAAAACGAGGAUUUCACGCUAUUGCCGGAUUCCCAAACAUAAUUGGAGCCGUAGAUUUCACCACAUCGUAAUAAAAGCACCUUCACACAAUAAAUUCAGUCAACAGGAAAGGAUUUCAUUCAAUCAGUGAUCAAUAAUAUGAGAUGCACAUAUGGAUCUGUUAAAUAGAAUAGAAUAGAAUAUAGAAUAUUCCUUUUUAUUGAUUCCCCAUGGGGGAAAUUCUUUUGUCACAGCAGCAUCACAAAGAGUGCAAUAAUGCAGUUAUAAAAAUAAAGAUUGUAAUAUUAAGAACUUAAAUAAAUGUAAUAAUUAAGAAAAAAAUUUAGGAAAAGGAAAAAGGGAGAAGAAAAAUAAAACUAUAUACAAUAUACACAAUUUAAAUGCCAGAAUAAAAAUAAAUAAAUAAAUAAAACGUUGUUGGAGGAGUGCACGACUCCUUCAUUCUGCAGAACAGCUCUGUGAGUCUGCACCUCCAUGAUUUCAGCAAGGGGGAAAAAAUUCCUUCACACAAUUUUAAAGGGUUUGUUGAUACCAUGUAUGGUCAAUUGGGGGCGUUUCUGAAUGUAAAUGACCAUAACCAUGAACAAGCACGCUAGGAAAGAACAGGUGGAAUUUAUCAUCACCGAUUAAUAAAUAGCGUGCAUACGACAGGUGUCCGCAUGUUUGAGAAAUACAGAUUUUUUUGUUUUUAAGCACAUUCGACAUUUCAUUCCUACGACAGAAUUUAGAACCUUUUCUACACACUGUUGAUAAAUGAGGACCCUGGACUAACCUCACUAGUGUGUGUGUGUGUGUGUGUGUGUGUGUGUGUGUGUGUGUGUGUGUGUGUGUGUGUGUGUGUGUGUGUGUGUGUGUGUGUGUGUGUGUGUGUGUGUGUGUGUGUGACAGUGUGUUAACAAAGCCAUGCAAAAGGACCAGGAGGAGCUCAACAUCGGAGUCCUCGACAUUUACGGCUUUGAGAUCUUCCAGAGGAACGGUUUUGAGCAGUUCUGCAUCAACUUUGUCAACGAGAAGCUGCAGCAGAUUUUCAUCGAACUCACGCUGAAGGCUGAACAGGUACUGCGUGAUGUCAUCAUGUCAUCACUUCCUGUUUCAGGAGGCUCGUACCUGCCUCCUUCAGGGUCGUCACACUGACCGUGUCUCUGUGUCUGUGCAGGAGGAGUAUGUCCAGGAGGGGAUCAAAUGGACCCCCAUCGACUAUUUCAACAACAAGGUGGUCUGUGACCUCAUCGAGUCUAAAGUGGUGAGUCCACCAAUCACAGAACAGGACUGAGAUUACAGGAGCCUGUCUCUGUGAACCUUACAUUAUGUCUCUGAUGGUUUCCCAGAAUCCUCCGGGGCUGAUGAGCAUCCUGGACGACGUGUGCGCCACGAUGCACGCCAAAGGUGAGGGGGCAGAUCAGACUCUGCUGCAGAAGCUUCAGGGUCAGAUCGGGUCACAUGAACACUUCAGCAGCUGGAACAAAGGAUUCAUUAUCCACCACUACGCCGGCAAGGUAUGCACAACACCUGUUCACCUGUUUGUCUGCUCACCUGUCUAUCUGUUCACCUGUCUGUUCACCUCUUCACCUGUACCUACAAAAAAAAAACAUUUAAAAUGAAAUAAAAUGAAUGAAAUCAAAACACAAAAGCAUAAAAGAAAUAAAAGGACAGAGAUCACACAACUCUCAUGCUGAGCUAAAUGCGGAGGAAUAAAAAUGAGUUUUAAGACGUGAUUUUAAAGUAGAAAGAGUCGGGGAUGUUUUCAUCUCGACAGUUUCAGAGCCACAGCCGAGAAAGCUUGGUCGCCACAGGUUUUUAAACAAGUUUUAGGAACAACGAGGUAGAGCUGAUCAGCAGACCUGAAGGAACGUGGGGGGAUAUAAAUAUUAAAGAGGUCAGAGAUGAACUGUGGUGCUGAUCCGUUUAAAGAUUUAAAAACAAACUAUAACAUUUUAAAAUGAAUUCUAAAAUGAACGGGAAGCCAAUGGAGGGACCCCAGAAUCGUAGUGAUGUGGUCAUGUUUUGGUUUACCUGUUAAAAGACGAGCAGCUGCAUUUUGGACAAACUGUAAGUGUCUGAGAGAACCCUGAUUAACACAGACGUAAAGAGCGUCCAACCAAAGUGUGGAAAUAAAAACAGGAAUGACUUAAAAUAUCAAACCGAUUUAAUCUUGGAGAAAAGCCUCAGAUGAUUAAACUGGUUUUAACAACAGAGUUGAUUUGUUGAUUUAAAAUCAUUGUCAACUUUUACACCAAGCUUUAAAACCGUGGAUUUAAAAUAAGGUACAAGAGCUGAGCUGAACCUGUUAAACCAACACAGAGUUCGAGGAGAGCGAUGAGAGAUCCACUGAGUCAAAGUCAGCUGUUUGGUCUAAAAGCAUGAAAAGAGCUCAGUCAUCAGAGUCAAUAAAAGAUCAUUAAAAACCCUUUAAAGCUCAGACUUAGCACUGUGAAAUGACUCAAAACCCGAUUGAAAAAUGUCAGGAACGCCACAAUCAUCGAAUUAAGACAUAAAAGGAGGCUUCAAUAUAGGUCUGAAAUUAGUCAAAAUAGAGCAAUCUAGAUUAGGCUUUUUGAUUAAGGGUUCCACUUAAGAUAGGAAGGAACACAGCUUGAAGCAAGACUGCUGUUUAUUAAUUGUUGGACUGCAGGACCAAUGAUUACCCAAACCUCUUUAAAGAGGCAAGGGGCGAUAACAUCAUUGGGACAUCCGGCAGGUUUAAGCUGAUUGACAAUUUUGUUAAGGGUGGGCAGAGACACUGGCUCAAACUGUUGCAAAACAGCAGGACAGGGCAGAAACAGGGCUCUGAUAUUUUUGACUUUAUUAACAAAAAAGCAACCUGUCUUCAUAUUUGUCUUCACACCUGUCUUCCUGUUCGUCCAGGUGUCAUACGACGUCAGUGGUUUCUGUGAGAGGAACAGAGACGUUUUGUUUAAUGACAUCAUCGAGCUGAUGCAGAGCAGCGAGUUGUGAGUUCUUCCAUUUUUCUAUACACACACACACAUUUCAUAUAUAUACAGUACACACACACACACACACACUUUUUAUCUAUACAGUAUAUAUAGACACACACAUACACUUUAUAUAAAUACAGUAUACACACUCAACCACUCACACUUUUUAUUUAUACACACUUGUACACACAGGAGUUUGUGUAUUUUUACUCCCCAUGUUCUAAAUCUUAAUCUGAGUCCUCUCAGCUCUGAAUCUUUGAUCUGGCACCCUCUCUGUCACCAAACUGCGAUCUGACUGAACUCAGCUCUGACCUCAGAAUAAACUCAACUCUGACCUCAGAAUGACCUCACAUUGACCCUGUUGGUGGUGUGUUUGUUGUCAGUCCAUUCAUCAGAGCGCUGUUCCCGGAGAACCUGGAGGCGGAGAAGAGGGGGCGUCCGAGCACUGCCAGCACAAAGAUCAAGGUGAGAGAGAGUUUCAUAUUGAGUUCAGUAGGAACCAUCAGCAGAACCUGACCCCACCCCCCACCCCACCCCCCCAUAGAAACAAGCAAACAGUCUGGUCCAGACGCUGAUGAAGUGCACCCCCCACUACAUCCGCUGCAUCAAACCCAACGAGUCCAAGAAGCCCCGGGACUGGGAGGACAACCGGGUCAGACACCAGGUGGAGUACCUGGGUCUGCGGGAGAACAUCAGAGUCCGCCGCGCCGGAUACGCCUACAGAAGAGUCUUCAACAAGUUCCUGCAGAGGUAAGAGGUCUAACUGCCCAAACCGCUGUGACAUGCUAACUGAACAUGUUUACUGACGGAGACUUUGGUUCUGCAGGUACGCCAUUCUGACCAAGGAGAGCUGGCCUCAGUGGAGGGGGGACCAACGGCAGGGGGUCCUGCACCUCCUCAACUCAGUCCACAUGGACCGGGACCAGUACCAGCUGGGCAAGACCAAAGUCUUCAUCAAGGCUCCGGAGUCGGUACGAAGUGUUAAAAUCAGGAAGUUCAACAGCUGCGGACUUUCAAAAUAAAGUUCCUCUGGGAAAAGUCAGGAACUCUGCGGUCCAGAUCUACUGAUCCAGUUUUCAGCCUGGUCUUCAGGUCUUAAAGGUUUCUCCAAGUCUGGUCUUUCUGAUCAGUUAUGAUCUUUUCCCACAUACUACAUUACCCAUGAACCCCAGUGACUGUUGCUAUGGUCCCUCUCACAAUAUUCUUUUUCGUAGGAUGGUAGGGGAAGGUCCCGCCUCCUUUGCCUCUGAUUGGCUAGAAGUGCAGGCAUCCAAUUGGUUAUUCCUUAUGGUUGUGAAAUGUCAUCGUCUGUCAGGUUAGGGUUCGGGUUCUGUAAAGUUCUGUUCGAUGUACAGAGCCGACAGCCUGCGCUCGGCUUGAGGGUGUGAUGACGUUUCACAGUCAAUCAGAGACGAGGGAGGUGGGACCUUCCCCUAUUAUCCUAAGGAAAAUAUUGCGUCCCUCUCCUGAGUUACCUUAUCAUCCUGAAACAGAGGUUUUCUAUGUAUUGUAGUCCCUGAGCUGGUCUGUCUUUGUCUUCACCUGUAGCUCUUCCUGUUGGAGGAGAUGAGGGAGAGGAAGUAUAACGGCUACGCUCGUGUCAUUCAGAAGGCGUGGCGUAAACACAUCGCUGUCCGCAAAUAUGUCAAGAUGAGGGAAGAAGGUAAGACCGCCGUCAUGAUGGUUUGAAAUCAUCAGUACGGCACCGUUAUGUUCUGACAAGAAUCCAGAGUCGUCUCAGUGUCUUGACGGUCUGACUGAAGGUUUUUGUUCUCCUCCAGCCUCUGAUGUUCUUCUGAAUAAGAAGGAACGCCGCAGGAACAGCCUCAACAGGAACUUUGUGGGAGACUACAUCGGGAUGGACAACCAUCCAGAGAUCCGACAGUUUGUUGGUCGCAGAGAGAGGAUCGACUUCGCUGAUGUUGUGGUGAAAUAUGACCGAAGGUUCAGGGUAAGACCUGAUCACAUAUCGAAGAUCUGGACUCUCCAAUGUCAGCAGGGUCUGAUUGGGGGGGGGGGUCCAUUUCAGAUCUCUGAGCUCACUCUCCUCUGCUCUUCCAGCCUGUGAAGCGAGACCUCAUCCUGACACCAAAGUUCCUGUACCUGAUUGGCAGAGAGAAGGUGAAGCAGGGUCCAGAUAAAGGUCAGAUCCAGGAAGUCCUCAAGAGGAAGAUUGAAGUCAACAAGAUCCAGUCUGUGUCUCUAAGGUACUCCACCAGAACCAGAACGGAUCUAGACUUUUAACCAUAAAAACAGUCUGAACCUGAGCUGGGAACUGGAUCUAAACAGUCAGGGAUAGAACUGGAUUGGGGGCCAGAACCAGAACUUCAAACCGUCUGAGGCCAGGGUCGGGACUUGCAGUGCAAAUCUAGCAAGGAUCAGAGCUGAAAUUAGAGUCUGGACCACAUGACCAAGACAUUGUCAUGUGGUCUAUUGUUGCAUUCCAGUUACCUCGGAGGUCAGAUGUUGGAGCUGGGAGUGACAUUACACCCGAGUUGACAGUGUUCGGAGACCAAGAUGGAAACCUACUGUUACCGGUUGUCAGCUGUCGUUGGCCAUUGUUAGUUGUUGUUAGCUGUUAGUUGUUGUGAGCUAUACAGUAUUUUACUCUUACAAAAGCACUUAUUUAAUUUCACAGAAACAAAAAAAAGUGUGAAUAAAUAACACAUUAUGAGAGCUUUCACUGUUACUCUUUACUGUUGAUGCACUGCGCUGCCAUCUUGAAUUAUGACGUUGUCGUCAUAAUUCAAGAUCGUCCGACUUUCCGAGUUAGAAAUCCGACUUCAGGGGGGCGUUCCAGAUGAAUUUCCGACUCGGAGCUUGGAAAUACAGACUUCCAAGUACAACUGGAAUGCAGCAUAUGACUGGCUCAGGAGCUUGAACAAGAACUCGAUUCAGUAGAACUAGCUUCAGACCUGGAUCUCAGAUCGGGACUUUAAAGAGACUCCAUGUGUGUCUGAUCUGUCUGGCUCUGUCUCUCUCUGUCUCUCAGCACUCUGCAGGAUGACUUCUUUAUCAUCCAUGAGGAGGAGUAUGACAGCGUCCUUCAGAGUGUCUUCAAAACUGAGUUCCUCAGUCUGCUGGUCAAACGCUACCAAGAGAAGACCCAGAAGAAGCUGCCACUCAAGUUCAACAACCUGUCAGUCCAGAUCUUCUCUUUGAUUAAACAGAUCUUUGAUUUUACAGAUCAGUGAGGAUCUAAUGGUUCCUGGUUUGACUGAAUAACCUCCAUCUUUGUCCUCCAGUCUGGAAUUUAAGGUGAAGAAGGGCGGCUGGGGUCCGUUCAGCUCUUCAGGGUCUAGACAGAUCCAGUUCCAGGGGGGUGAGGGUGACGAUGCUGUCCUAAAGCCCAGUGGGAAGGUCCUGCAGGUCUCCAUUGGACCGGGUCUGCAUAAAAACUCCAGUAAGUUCUGAACGGGUACUUCUUUUCAACGUCAACCCUGAAUGUGCGCUUACUCACUUCCUGUUUGUUUGUUUGUUUGUAGGACCGACGAGGAAGGACACCCGCAAGAGCCGCUACAUGGGCAACCGAGGUCCACCUACCAACCAGUACAGCUCAGGUACCAGACAGACUUACCCCCAUUUUCCACUGCAUUCAGAGUGGCUGCGAUCCGGAAUGGCUUUGAUUUUCGCGGUCCACCAAUUGGAUCCGUUUGUGAGGCGAAUUUCAUGGCAGAUUAUGGACAGCAGGAAAUGAGAACUCACAAGAACCCGCGGAAUCACAUUCAAUUGCGCAAUAAAGACAGCCACAUAGACAUAUAAGCAGUAGAUUGUGUCCUUCCAGAGGAGGAAAUCUACUUCAUGGUGUUUCCAUGGUUUGCAUGGUGUUAAAUACGAUCCUCCUGAAACACAGAUUGUUUUAUUUUGAAAAGAAGCCAGAUGUUUUAUUUUGUGUCCGUGCCCGACUUCCUUUCCAGCAUGAUUAAACUGUGCUGAAUUUAUCGUCUGGGAAAAAUAGAACUCUUGGAAUCAGCUGUGGAGUCCAGCGAUCCGCAGAGGAAUGGAAAGAAGCCGGUGGAAAUUGACACGUUAAUUUGAAUGGUUAUGAUCAGCUACGAUCGGAGGAUACAACCUUUUCUUAGCCGAUCCAGAUGCGGUGGAAAUCGGGGGUUAAAGGCUUUAGGAUUGGAGAUGAGAUGAUGUGAAAGGAAAUGAGCUCAUAUAGAGAGGAUUCAAGUCUGAGAUGAGAAGUGAACGUUGAUGUUCUCCUUAAACAGCAGAGGGCGCUGUCUGCUCCCUGCAUAUGGUGGCAGCAGGUGAAGGUUUAACCGUAUUGGGACGCCCCACCAGUGGACCAUACAUAGGAAGCCCGUCAAGAGUUUUGACCUCCGUUUGACCUCUGUGUUAUUUAUGAAUGUCGACGGUCCGUGUACUUGGCAGCCAACAAAUUUUUGUUUUCAAAUGAAAAAACGAAAAUCGGGAGACGAGCCGUUUCCUGAUGACCAGUAGGUGAUCGGAAGACAAGAAACAGAAAACAACGAUUUUCCAUUUUAUUAAUAAAAAUCAGAGAACAAAAAAACAACUCAGUAUUUGACUUUCUAUGAUGUGACUUUAACGGAAAUCGAAGAUCAAAAUUUGUGCGUGGAAAUAUUGUGUUUCAAGUUUCAUUCACUUGUUUGUUGCAACCCGGAAGUUGUGACUUGGGGCGACUGAGCGAGAGGCUCUCAUUUGCACAGUAGCGCCCUCAGGAAUAUAGUGUAAGAAGGGUUAAAAACGGCUCAUCUCCUGAUUUUUCGUCUUUUCAUUUGAAAACGAAAAUCCUUUGGCCGCUUAGUAUGCGGACCGUAGACCCCGGGUCAGGACUUUAUCAUCUGAGUCAACGUUCAUCUUUUCUAUCUUCAGGUCCGAACUCCAGAGGGCGCGGGGCUUUGAGAAGCUCCACCUCCUCCAGAGGCUCCCUGCUGAGGCAGCAGUCCAGCAUGGAGCAGCCCAGUCUGCCCCGCUUCCAGAGCCAACAUCGCCAAGACAACCGGUCGCAACAACAUCAUAACCAAGACAUGGGCUUCAUGAACGUCCCUGAUCAGGGCGCUGCAGGGUGAGAGGGCGGGGGAGGGAAACCCAGAAUAACCAGUGUAAUACACAGUCACACAAACCAGUAUAACCAGUCUAAUUCACAGUGACACAAACCAGUAUAACCAGUGUAAUAGAACAACACAACCCAGUAUAACACACAGAACCAGGACCCAGAAUCACAGUCCAGUCCACAGCAGUUUAUUUGGUGUUAUCCCUGUCCUUUGUCUCUUUGUGGACUUUCUCAGUCUGUAAUCUCUCGGUUUUGUCUGCAGGAUGCAGCGGCGGCGGUCCAAGGAGGUGAAGCCCGUCCCUGGAGCGGGUCGACCCAAACCCGCCCCCAGGCCCAAACCGAGGUCUCCUCAGUGCAGAGCUCUGUACGCCUAUGACGCCCAAGACACCGACGAGCUCAGCUUCAACACCGACGAUGUCAUUGAAUUACUGACUGAGGGUACCAACCUGUCUCUGUGUCUCUCUGGGUCUCUGGAGCCUUGUCCCCUUGUCCCUGUCUGUUGUCUCUGUGUGUCCUCUGUCUUUUAUGUGUGUAAAGUCCAUCUGACUGUCUCUGUAUCAGAAGUCCUUCUGUCCCACUCAGUGCGUUUACAUUCACAGUUUAAUUGGACCAAGCUCAUAAUUUGUUUUUUUUCGCCGAAUCGGACUUCUCUCCUUGUCCGUGUAUACAUGCAGCUGAGAAAAUCGAAUUAUUGACAUGAACGUGUCCUCCUCCCCAAAACUAGGGGGUGAUAUGGGUCUUUUCAGCGGCUAUGUUUCCGACGCCAUAAGACCGUCAACAACAACAGCAGGUCCGUGCCAGAUGUCAGAAGUGUCUACAACUGCUGCUGGGAAUUUUGGAGCAAGAAGAUGGAGCACCGUACAGUGUUGUUUUUGUCCUACAUGAUGGAAACGCUUUUUCUGCCGAUGAGAUGCACGCCACUCCUUUUCUCUGGUGUUUUUGUUACUGGGUCAUAGGGGUGUGGCGCGUGCACAUGAUUUGUCCUAUCAUACUUCGACUACGCUGGUUACAUGGUAGAGAAAAUCGAAUUCCAACCGCAUUAUCUGGGUGUCUUAAUCAGAGUUCUCUGACUCUGAUUAUAGUCAGACUAAGGUGUUUACAUGCACUUCAGUUGUCUGGUCUUAACCGGAAUAAGGCAAUGAUUCAGUUUUCUCAAGUGUCAUGGAAACAUACUGGAUGAUUUCUAAUUCUACGUUAAAAGGACAACUGGACUAAAGUCCAGAUGUCCUUUUCAUGUGAAGAUUCCCACUCCAGAGUAAUGUGACUAACCUGUUGGACAUAGUUGGUUUGAAAUCAUCUGAAAACCAUAAAAAACCUGUUUUAUUUCUGAUCAUUUUAUCCCUUAAAAUGUCUUUCAAACUUUGUCCCUCAGAGUUCGGAGUUCUCAGACUCCAAUCAGAGUUCUCAAACUUCGAUUAUCGGUGGACUAAGGUGUUUACAUGCACUUCAGUUGUCCAGUCUCAAUCGGAAUAAGGCGACAAUUUUUUUUUUUCAAGAGUCAUGGAAACGGACUGACUGUGUCCUUGUCUCCUGACUCUGAAUAAAGUCUCUGUCCUUUUUGUCUUUCUGUGUAGCUGUCCUCCAUUCCUCACUGUCUCUUGUCCCUCUGUGUCCUCUGUCUCUGUCUCCGCUGUCCUCCAUCCCUCUCUGUCUCUUGUCUCUCUGUGUCCUCUGUCUCUGUCUUCGCCGUCCUCCACGCCUCUCUGUCUGUCUGUGUCUGAUGUCCCUCUGUGUCUCCUCAGAUCCGUCUGGUUGGUGGUUUGGACGUUUGCGGGGCAGAGAGGGGAUGUUUCCAGGAAACUACGUGGAGAAAAUUUAAGCCUACUUAUUCUUCUUCUUCUUCCUCUCAACCUGCAUUAAUCUUUGCUAUCUCCAGAGGUCAAAGGUCAGAGUCUGAUACUCCCACCUGUAGAUCCUGUGACAGACAGGUGAGAUUAUUACCUCAUAUGGAUUCAAACAGCAGUGUUACCAUGGAAAC